AUGCCGAGCUUACAUGGUGAGGUUUCUCCUCAUCCAUCAUCGUCAUCCUCCUCACUUUCAUAUGAUCUCACGCAUUUACCUUUUGAAAUUAUUCGACACAUCUUGUCCUUUGUUUCUCUCGUCUUUCCCAAUGAUUUUCUCUCCUCCGAAAUGAACAUGUUUUUGGAAAGAAAGAAUCAUUUCUCAUCUUUACAAGAUGAUGACAUGACACUUGUGUUUUCACAAAUUCUUGUCGAAAAGGAAAUGAAAAGUCUUCUCCGCAUCCAAAAUUAUUUUGGAAGAUUUCCUGCUCAUGAUGAAUCAUUAUUGGAUCAAUCUAAACAAUUUCAUGAGGAAUCAUUAUUGGAUCAAUCUGAAUCAUCUCUAUUGGAAGAUCAUCAAAAGGAUCGAUUUGAUUCAUCAUCAUUGAAUCAUCAUGAUGGUCUUCCAUCGUGGUAUUCGGCAUUUCUUGUGUUUCCUUCUCUAAUUUUUAAUGCAAAUUUAACAUUAUGGAAGAAGAAGAAUGAGGAUGAAGAAUUUUACAGCAUUUCAACUCCCACCUCCUUAGAAAUGUCUGAUUUUUCAAUGAUUUUCUUCUCACGUGUCUUGUCAUGUUUUCACAAAUUAAUAUUUCACACGGCUAUUCCUUUUGAAGAUGUUUUGAUACAAUUUGAUGAAGAUUCUGAUUUGGCAUUUAACCUAUGGAGUGACAUGAUGUGGAAAAUGAGUUGUGACCAUGAUUUGAUUCAUUUCAAUGAAGAGAUUGAGUCCAGUAGUGGAAGUAGUAGAAAGAAUAAUAUUUUGAAUUUAUAUUCUCCCAAAUUAAGACUUCAUUUACAAUUUACAAACAAGUAUUUGGAUCGUUCCAUCAUGGAUCAUGUAUUAGAAAAAUUACUUGAUUCGAAUAGGAAUCAUUUCUUACUCAAGAAUGGAUGUUUAUUGAAAUCGUUAACUUUACCAACUUGUAGUCGAUUUCGAGAAGGCAUGAUUGAAGAAUAUCGAAAUUAUUUUCUCGAUACUGUGGAUGAAGGACUCUAG